AACUAACAGAGAGAUUAGAAAAGAAGAAAAAGCUUAGCUAUAGAGAGAGAGAAAUGGGUUUGGGAAGAAGUGAGGGAAUGGAUUCCGGCGAGGCUAGCUCGAGCGGAGGUGAAAUGGGUCCUAACAGCUCCGAACCGCUGAUUCCACGGAGAUUUCCGCUGGCUGCUCAGCCGGAAAUCAUGAGAGCCGCCGAGAAAGAUGAACAGUACGCGUCCUUCGUCUACGAUGCCUGCCGCGAUGCUUUUCGACACCUUUUCGGUACAAGAGUUGCCGUAGCUUAUCAGAAUGAGACUAAGCUACUGGGGCAGAUGCUUUAUUAUGUGUUGACUACUGGUUCAGGGCAGCAAACUCUGGGAGAAGAGUACUGUGACAUCACCCAGGUUGCAGGACAUUACGGGCUUCCACCAACCCCGGCCAGGCGUGCACUUUUCAUUGUUUACCAGAAUGCUAUUCCUUACAUUGCCGAGCGAAUUAGCUCGAGAGUUGCUUCUCGUGGCAUUGUUCUUGCAGAUUCACUAUCUGAAGAUCCCUAUGGAAGCAAUAGCGAUCGUGUUAAUUCAUCUACAAUGAUGAUUGAUAGUUCAUCCACUUCUACUUCAGAGCAAUCUGUUUCUGCUUUAUCAAGGUUGAAACAGAAAUUCAAUCGGUUAUGGCUCUCUGGAAUUCAAAGAUGGCCUGUGGUGCUUCCUCUUGCUCGGGAAUUCAUGCUACUACUUGUUCGCGCAAACCUCAUGUUCUUUUACUUUGAAGGCCUCUAUUAUCAUAUCUCUAAACGUGCCGCUGGAAUUAGUUAUGUCUUUAUUGGAAAACCUUUAAAUCAAAGGCCUAGAUACCAAAUUUUGGGAGUGUUUUUGCUAAUUCAGCUAUGUAUUAUAGCUGCUGAAGGUCUACGUCGUAGCAAUUUGUCCUCGAUUACAAGUUCAGUCCGUCAGGCAACACUCGGAGCCCAUCAUGCCUCAACAGGUGGAGGUUUGCCUAUUCUAAACGAGGAAGGUAAUUUGGUAACAACCGACACUGAUAAAGGAAGUUGGGUAAACGAUUCGUCGUCAACUUCAGAGUCGAUUAGCAAAUGCACGCUUUGCCUAAGUAAUCGCCAGAACCCGACAGCCACACCUUGCGGCCAUGUAUUCUGCUGGAGUUGCAUUAUGGAAUGGUGCAAUGAAAAGCCUGAAUGCCCUCUCUGUCGAACCCCCAUAACCCAUUCGAGCCUCGUUUGCUUGUACCACUCAGACUUCUAGCUCUUGAUCUUUUCUAUUGCAGCAACCCUAAGUAGCAGUCUAGUAGUACGCAUUUGUUCCAAAGUUCGAAUCCCCAUAAACUCGUGGGGCCACUGGAAGGUUUCCCGAUCGAACUGCCAUCGCCAAAAAAAGAAGAAAACAGAUCUUAUGUACUGAAGCCUCCUGUCAAGAUAUCAUUAUAAUAGAAAUUGUAGCCUAACAAUUUUUAUACAAUUUACACUCAUUUAUUAAUAAUAUUUUAGCAAAUUAUUCA